UCUUGUCUUUCGGUUUCGCAAAAUUAAUAGAAGUCCUCCCCCUUUUGUGCAAUAUUCAGAAUAUUUUAACCCCCCUAAUAUUCUCAUAGCUUAUCCGUGGAAGUAAACCUUUUUAUUAUACAUGUGACGUAAAACAAGAAUAUGGUUUGAAAGACAAAAAACAGAAAUAAAGUAAAAAGAUAACAAAUGGGUAAUCAACUGACAGGUAUAGCUCCGUCCCAGAUUUUACCUGUCGAACAAUAUCUAGCUGAUAUAGGUGAUUAUGAAUAUCAAACUAGUUUGGGAAGUACACGAUUUUUUAAAGUUGCUCGUGCGAAGUAUAAAGAAGGCCAGUUAGUUGUUAAAGUGUUUGUUAUACACGAUCCCUCGUUACCGUUACAAAUUCAUAAACAUAAAUUAGAAGAAAUUGUACAAAGGUUGAAAUCUACUUCAAAUUGUUUACCUUUUCAAAAAGCUAUUCAAUCUGAUAAAGCUGGGUUGAUUUUUCGUCAGUAUGUAAAGGAUAGUUUGUAUGAUAGAAUCAGCACCAGACCAUUCCUAAAUAUGAUAGAGAAGAAAUGGAUAGCUUUUCAAUUACUCUGUGCUUUAAAUCAAUCUCAUAGAGUCAAGGUAUUUCACGGUGAUAUUAAAUCCGAAAAUGUGAUGAUAACUGGAUGGACAUGGUUGUUAUUAACAGAUUUUGCCAGUUUUAAACCAACAUAUCUACCUGAAGACAACCCUUCUGAUUUUUCUUAUUUUUUUGACACAUCAAGACGUCGUACGUGUUACAUAGCACCAGAACGUUUUAUAGAAGGUGGCUGGCGGAAUCAGGAAGCAGCAGGAAAUGCUAAUAAUAUAGAUUUAACAUCUAGUGAAAUAAAGAUUGGUGAUCUGACUCCAGCUAUGGAUAUAUUCUCAGCAGGGUGUGUUAUUACCGAAUUAUUUACAGAUGGUACAACACCAUUUGAUCUGUCUCAAUUAUUAGCCUAUCGUAGUGGUGAAUAUAGUCCCUGGAAAAUACUCGAAAAAAUACCAGACCAACAUGUUAGGGAGUUGGUUCGUCAUAUGAUACAGAAAGAUCCUAAACACAGAUUAUCAGCGGAAGAAUAUUUAGUUAAACAGAGAGGCAAGGCCUUCCCGGAAUAUUUCUAUACAUUCCUAAAGAUUUAUUUACAACAAUUCGCAGCCUCACCUAUUAUACCUGCAGAUGAUAGAAUUACAUUAAUUAAGCGAGAUUUACCAUCAUUAUUAAAGAAUAUGAAGAUAGACGAGAAUAAACUGGAGAAUAAUGUGGGAUUAGUUUUAAUCAUUUCUUGUGUUGGAUCUUGUUGUAGGAAUUUACACGUAAACAAGUACCAUGGUUAA